GAUUUGGAGCCCGGCGAGGAUCAGGAAACGGAUCGGAUUGUCGGCCAGCGGGCACAGUGGGGCACGCUUUGAUCGUGGAUCUUGUGCCCUGCGGCGGAAUUUGUUGGCACAUUUGGUGGCCUGCCCAGGGGCCGAGAAAGCGAGCGCAGCUUGGAAAGGUGGUUGCGGCCGACAUGGUGGUGGUUCCAGAACGCGGCUUGUGACGUGAAAGAAGGAAAAAAACCUGCACCCAGGUCGCCGAGAUUGAUUGCAGCGUCGGGACUCUACAUCUGAUGUGCGGUGCUGUAAUGCUUCCGACACUCGCUUCACCUGAUCCACCACGCCACGCGCGACUCUGAAUGAAGCUCCGGGUCUUCUUGCGCUUCUGCCCACGGUGCUCGCGUCCUUCUCGCGCAAGUUUGGCCCGGCAUGUCAUGGAAUGGGUUCGCGGAACGUGACGGGGAUCUGGGAGUCGAGACCUAUGAAGCUUGCAUCGGACUUGGUGUGGAGGAUGGUCAAAUUGAUGCCCAGUAAUAAUGCCCAAACGCGAUUUCGUGUCUGAUCUCCGAUGAAUCAGUGAGUCGGGAAGCUUUGCGGAAUUUUGGAGUUCUAGGGUUUACACCGAACUAUCUGAAUCCCGGCCGGCUUCGAUAGAAUCAGCUAGUUUGAAUGUAUGGACAUGGGGUUCUCGGCUUGAAUUGAAGUACAGACACAGUGUGUGGACUUGGCAGUUUUGCUAUGGCUCGCCCUGGUCCUCAUAAUCGCGACGGAGCGUAGCAGGUCGGUCUGUCGCAUCUAGAAUGCAAAUUGAUGGGCACCGGAGAUAGGUGUUUUAGUACCGAAUCUUGUGAAGAAGACUGUCAAUUAUGCGGAGUAGCAAGCGACUGCCUGCUUUCAUCGUCUCUUGUAUACAAAUAUCGUCGGACGUUUACACCGUCCUUGGUGCUAGACCUCGGACUUGCAGGGAUGUUUAUCGAGAGAGUUUGACAGUGCAUCAGUAAAUUUUGAACGAAGCGAAGAAUGAUCCCUGAUUUGAACACUGAUCAAUUGAGGUACAGAAACUGAGAUGACAAGCGAGAAAACAUUAUGAGUAGUGGUGGGAAAGAAAAAGGGAAGAAGGAGAAGAAAUCGAAGGAAAAAAAGGAAAAGAAGGAAAAAAAGGAAAAAAAGGACAAGAAAGAUAAGGCGAACAAAGAAGCGGACGGUAAGGAGGAGAUCAAAGGGAAUGUCAAGAAGGAUGCACCAAACAAAGACGGGAAGCAAAGGAAACAGAGAAAGAGUGUGACAUUUUCUGAUUCCUAUCCUUUCGAUCCAAAUUAUCGAGACGAGUGCGUGAAAGAUGCCCUCAGCUGUCUGUUCGAAGGGCUGGAGAUUCACAUCAAGGACCUAGCCAUAUAUCCAAAAGUGGUGGCUCACGCCGUUUCUAAAACAGUUGCUCAAAUGGUUCAAAUGCUUUGCUACAGUGAAGUAAAGUGGAUGGUAAAUUGGGAUGAUAUCGAAGGUCGAGCUCACGAUGAGUGGGUACCGAUUCCUGAAUUGCAUCUACCUCCUAUCGACACAUGGGCACGAGCCGUGAUUCCCUUGAAACUAAGUUGUGUACCUAUGACCUUCUUGAAACCCAUACGAUCGCAAGAAGGUCAAUUUCAGCACAUACGAGAUCCGAACGUUUUUUUUGAGAGUGAGGAACCAGUUCCUAGGCUGAUGAGACGGGCUUCGGAUACAAGCCUGGUAAAGAAGGUCAAAAAGUGCAAUUUCUGCACCAUUUUAAGCCGAAAAGAAGGAAAAAGGCGAGCAAGUGAUUCACCGGAUGCGAUACAGAAACGAAGACAAAAGAUGGUGGAAGGAGUGAAGAGGCGUCUCAGUGCUUAUAUUCGAGAUCAAGCCAUGUUGAAUAAGAUUCUUAGAGAUAAAGGCCUUCUGGAAAGGCCCAAGUCUGAGACAGACCUUGAGCAUAAGCAUAAGUCUGCUUAUUUCGAAACCUGGUAUUGAAGCUAACGAUAGUCCUCCUCCUCCUCCUCCGCAAGUCCGCGACCAAUCACAAUUCUUUGUGGAUCUCUGUGAAUCUAGAACGAACUUCUGUCAUCGCCCUUGCAUGGUGUGUUUCUGAUUCGUUGAAUCUCGGCUCAACAGAGCAGAUCCAUGUGUUUGCAUUCGGUGGAAAGAGUAGAUGGAAAAUUGACACCUCUUCUAUUUCUAGAGUAGAUGGAAGCUCUGUCCUUUCAGUUUCACUUCCUUCGGUAUCGCGGCCUUCCCGCCGUGGAGAUGUCUACCUCUAUGCAAUGCAACCUAAUUACAAUUCUAGUGCACGUUGGAGACCUUGCCAGCAAUUUGUUCGUAGGUACACUACAAAAGAGUAAGGUUCUCUGCACUGAUAUGUUUUGACCUCUGUGAAUUGUUCUUAUGGAUUCAACUUUAUGGCAAAUAUCCAUCAGUCAUACUACAGUAAUGGCAACAAUGUUGAUCCUUCCUCCAGCCUCAGAAAAGGAAACUCUCUUCAGCUGUUUGGAGACAUUUAAUCAAGAAGUCCUCUGUGAAGGAUUCGACAUAAUCUUGUCC